GACGGGGACGGGUUGCUGUGUAUGGAGGAUUUUGUGAGGAUGGUGGAAGGAGGCGAGGAGGAAGAGAGGGUGAAGGAUUUGAGAGAGGCUUUUAAGAUGUACGAGAUGGAUGGGGGUGGGUGUAUUACGCCGAAGAGCUUGAAGAGGAUGCUUAGUAGAUUAGGUGAGUCCAGGAGUUUAGAUGAAUGUAAGGUUAUGAUUGCCCAGUUUGAUCUCAAUGGUGAUGGGGUUCUGAACUUUGAUGAAUUUAGAGCCAUGAUGUUAUGAUCACCCCAUAUACAUGCUUCUUAAUACUUAUGUGAUCAGAUUUAUGUAAUUAUAUAUGUUUAGUUCCUUCAUUCAUUCAUUGCACUCACAGCAUCAUAUCAGGGUAUGGUGACACUCCCCUUCCCCCUAUUUCCCCAUGUUAAGAAAAAAAAAAAAAUUCA